AUGUCACAACAUCAAACUACUUCUGCUUCAAAAACUACUAACUCUACUCACAAGGUUAGCGCUCCUUCCAUGGACAUUCACGAUGAUGAGAUUUUGGAUGUGGUUCCUCUAUCAGUUAUUCCCUACGAGGCCCUUGAUUUAAACCAUCCCAUGGAUGCCUCAGCUUCUACAUGCCCCAAUCAAGGAUAUUCUAUGAAGGGAGUCUCUACUCCCCUGUCUAAAAUGUACCCCUCUCCUGAGGUUGAACAACAUAGUGAGAAGAUUGACGAUUCCUCUAGUUCUGAGAAGGACAUGGCUGCUGAAGGUUUGUGCUCCUUAGGGCAAACUGUGUCUGGUAAAGGAAAAUUUGUGGCAUCUAAAACUGCCAAUGCUUCCCACUCUGAGAAGCAUGAUGAUGCAAACGAUGUGAUUGACCUAGAGGAUGAUAGAAAAACUAAGAAGACUGCUGGUAUUGGUCCCUCCAAAUCUUGGAGCAAGGUUGAAGGGAAGAAGAGGAAUGUUAGAGAAGUUUCUGAGUCUGAAGAGGAUGUUGAGGAAGAUGUCCCUGACAUCUCCCCUAUGAAGAAAACCACUGUGAGGAAGUCCCCUGGUAAAGUUGUUGUUGUGCAUUUGGAUAAUAUCUCUUUCCAUCUUGAGGAUGGAGCUGCCAAAUGGAAAUUUGUAAUUCAAAGAAGGGUGGCUGUGGAAAGGGAGUUAGGAAAGGAUGUUGUUGAAAUCAAGGAGGUCAUGGACCUGAUAAAGGCUGUUGGUUUGUUGAAGACUGUGGCUGGGUUCUCUCAGUGCUAUGAGGGUUUAGUUAAGGAAUUCAUUGUCAACAUUCCUGAGGAUAUUGCUGAUAAGAACAAUAAGGAAUUUUGCAAAGUGUUUGUGAGAGGUAAGUGUAUCACAUUCUUUCCCAUUGUUAUUAACAAUUUUCUGGGAAGAAGAGUUGAGGGUGCAGGUGAACUGGAAGCUACAGACAAUGAGCAACACCCUGGUAUUUUGAGUUCUAAUGACUUACCUAGUAGAAGAAAACCUUCUCUGUCUGUGUACUAUAAACUGUUUGAAGGCAGUCAUGUCGAAGACAUUGUCAUGACAUCUGCCAUGAAAAAGCCAUCCUCAAAAGUUUGA